CUUACAGUCUUACACACUUUUCUUUGCCUUUUGAAUGUUCUCCGUCUGGAUCUCAACGUUAAUUCCUAGUGGCUCGUCAAAGAGACAUUUGUCCAGUCUAUAUGGUACUCACGCACAACUGUUUUCUUCAUCGAUACCCAAUCAGGAGCGAUCAUAGAUGCUAGACUGUACACGCUACUGAAAACAAGGGUCGGUUUAUUUGCUCGAGAAGUACGCCUACUACCCCUUGGGAGGUGUUAUUAGGAUCUUUUAAUCAAAAUGAUACCCUUGAAUGGAGAGUCCUUGAUAAACCGACAUUGUCUUCUAUCAUUAUGAGUAUCAAAGAAACCCUAGAUGACCUAACACUAUCCAUCAUACACAUCACCACCCGUACACCAACAGAAACACUACUCAUCCAGUCCAAGAAAGCUUCUACGAGUGGUGGUUCCAAACCAGUGUGCGUCACUAUCCCGCAUGGAGGACCCCAUACGACCUCGACUACUGCGUUUGUUCCGGCUGUCGUCGCAUUAGCGCUUGAAGGACCCACACCCACACCAAUGCCUUGCAUGCCCGCACCUUCCCAAACAAUGUUCCUGCCCACACCACCACCUCCACUAAUUACAUCCAAAACUUACAACGCCCUCUUCGCCGCAUCCCCAAUCGUGCACGUCGACAAUAUAACAACGCCAGUGCUGAUAUUGAUAGGCGAGGAUGAUUUGAGGGUCGCUCCGGGGCAGGGGGUUGGGUUUUAUCGUGCGAUUAAGGGGAGAGGUGGUGAGGGUGGGACCGCGACUGGGGCUGGUUCUGAAGAUAAAACUGGGAAUGCGACCAAAGAUGCGACCAGGACCGAGGAGACGGGACCGAGAAAGAAAGGGAUAGUAGAAAUGUUAUCCUUCCCCGAGAAUCGCAUGCGAUCGAUGGAGUUGGAGCUGCUAGGGUUUCGUUCGAGGCUAUGAGGGAUUGGUUCAAGCCAUUUGCAGAGGGCUGUUAGUCGUGUUUUUCGUUCCCUCGUUGCUAAUAUGACAGCCAGGCCGGGCCGUGCACAUCACUAACAUUUAAUAUUAUUAUUGUUGCUG